CCAGCGUCUCUACUCCAGUCCAGGUCUAAUGCCUCUGCUCCAGUCCAGUGCCUCCAUUGAUCCAGCGUUCCGGGGUUUGGUUGCAUUGUACCCGAGCAGCCAUUUCUCCCCACGGCGCUACUCGUCCGUCUGUAGCCGUCUGAGCGUCUGUUGGCGGGGGGAAGAAGCCCCUGAAUCCCCUGGGAAUACCCAACAUCCAGCCAUGGCCGACCCGGGACUGCUCUCAUUCCGGACCAGGCCCCUGAAGUGACUUCCGACACGUCCGCGCUCCCCGCCGCGGGAUGUGACCGUGUGACGGGCCGGUGGACUGGGAGCACGUUGGCCGCUUCGACCCUCCGGUUCUCGGGAGCUUGUUUAUAAAACUGUUGUUUGGGUUUUUGUGAACCGGGGCUUACCGGGGGGAACCCUAUGGAGUGCACGUGAGCGCCGUCCGGAGCGGGAUCUCUAACCACCCGGGAGGAGGCGAUGUGGGCAGCAGGGCGUUGGCGUGGGGCCGGGCCCUGAGGAGGCGUCCUGCGGCCCCCCUGCGGCCCCCCUACGGCUCCGGGACCCUAAGAUGUCCCUCAGCAGCGGCCCUGCAGGCGAGGACUCCAGCGCGGUGGAGGCGUACGACAGCGGCGACGAGUGGGACAUCGGUGUGGGCAACCUGAUCAUCGACCUGGACGCCGACCUGGAGAAGGACAAGCUGGAGAUGUCGAGCGGUAAAGAAGGGGGCGGGGCCAUGGCGGCCCCCGGCGCCGCGGUCCAGCUACCGGACAAUAUCAAGUUUGUGAGCCCUGCAGGCGGCGGGCAGGGCAAAGACAGUAAAUCCAAGGCCAAGCGCAGUAAGAAUUCAAAGGAGGGCGCCAAGGCCCCUGGCUUGGACGGAGCCAAGAAGGAGGUUCGGGGGCGGCCCCCCGGGGACCCGCUGACCCACAACCCCAACCCCACUACCCCCCCGAAGGGGUCCGACAAAUCCAGUAAGCCCUGCCGCGCCCUGCCUGCCGCGAAGAAGGAUAAAGACGGGCUUUCUGUGAAAAUUAAGAAGGAGAAGUUGGAGGUCGAGAAGGACUGCGUGUUCCCCCUCGGGCCGGCGGGGGUUGCCGGGGGACCCUACGAGGGCCAACAGGACACUGAGGCCAUCGCGGGGGAGCAGCUCGGCAACCUGGACCCACCGGGGAAAGGAGAACCUGAGGAGGAACUGGAGGAACUGGAGGAGGAAGAGGAGGAGGAGGAAGAGGGGGAUGAGGGGGAAGAGGAGACGGUGUGUGUAAAGAUGGAGUCUCCGGUCUCCACCCCUGCUCCUCCUCUCCACCUCCUCGCUCCCGUCCCCACCAGCACCAUCUCGUCUCCCUGCGAGCAGAUCAUGGUUCGCACGCGCUCGGUGGCGGUGAACACGGCGGACGCGGCGCUGGGGACGGAGCCGGAGUGCCUCGGACCCUGUGAGCCAGGCACCAGCGUCAACCUGGAGGGCAUCGUGUGGCAGGAGACGGAGGACGGUAUGUUGGUUGUUAACGUCACCUGGAGGAACAAGACCUACGUGGGAACCUUGCUGGACUGCACCCGGCACGACUGGGCCCCUCCCAGGUUCUGUGAGUCUCCCUCCAGUGACGUGGAGAUGCGUCCCGGCCGCGGUCGGGGGAAGAGGAUGCGUCCGGGCGGCAACACGCCGCUCAACGACAACAGCACCUCCUCGGACAACCGGGGCAGCGGCGGAGGAGGAGGAGGAGUAGGAGGCGCAGGAGGGGGAGGAGCAGCAGGAGGCAAGAUGCGCGGCGCCGCCGCCAACAGCAAAGGACGGAGAGGGAGCCAGACGGCGGGCAGCGCCGCCGAGGACGCCAAGGACAGCCCGUCCUCCGCCAAGAGGAAGAGCAAGCCGGCCUCCGACAUGGAGCCCACCUCCAGCUCGGAGGACACCAAGGCCGCCAAGAGGACGAGGACGGACUGUGACCCCCCCGCCCCCCUGCAGCUGGACCGGGCCUGCCCCUCCCCCGUGCUCAUCGACUGCCCCCACCCCUCCUGCAACAAGAAGUACAAGCAUAUCAACGGGCUCAAGUACCACCAGGCGAGAGCGCACAGCGACCACGACGGAGACAGCGAGUACGGAGACGACCCUGACCCCGCCUCCUGCAACGGCGCCUCCGUGUCGCCCGCCCGCUCCACCACGCCCAAGGGUCGGGGGUUCGACGCCCCGUCCCCUUCGCCGGGGAAGCCGACGUCCAAGGGGAGGAAGAAGGCGGGCGAGGCGGAGGGGGCGGAGCCAGAGGGGGCGGACGGCGGCGAGGAGGGGGCGUGUUUGACGGACGAGGCCAAAGCGGAUAAACUUGCCCAGAAAGGCGUGAAGCGGCCCCCCUGCCCCAGCGCACCCUCACCCUACGGCCUGCAGGCGUGCUCCCCCGCGCAGGCCUCACUGGUACAGCCCGUCCCCCAGAGCCCUCAGAUGAAACCGCCCCCUCUGGCGGACCCCGCCUCCAGCCCCACCCCCAAGGACAAGAAGAAGAAGGACAAGAGGAAGAGGGAGGGCGGGAAGGAGGGGGACAGCCCAAAGGGGAAGGGGGGGCGGCCGGAGGAGGGGAGGAGCCCGUACUCGGACGACGCUUUGCUCAACGGCUCCGCGGAAGCCCAGCAGAGCCGCCUGGCGAGCAUCAAGGCCGAGGCCGACAAGGUGUACAGCUUCUCGGACAACGCGCCCAGCCCCUCCAUCGGCGUGGGCAGCCGCAUGGAGGCCAACCAGAACGGGGACCAGAGCGGAAGCCCCGCCUACUCCGACAUCUCCGACGCCGGGGAGGACGGCGAGGGGAAGUCUGAGGGCGUGAAGGUCAAAACGGAACAGGACCAGGGGCCCCGGGAGGGGGCCAAGAAGGCCCUGUUCCCCCCCCAGACCCCCAGCAAGGACUCGCCGUACUACCCCAACUACGACUCCUACUACUCCCCCAGCUACCCCAACGCCAGCCCGGGGGCGCCGCCCGCAGCGCCGCCGCACGUGGAAGGAGCUCAGGUGAAGGUGAAGAAGGAGAAGGAGGAGGAGCCGGAGGAGGAGGAGGUGAAGCUGAAGGUGGAGCCUCAGGAGGAGCGGCAGGUGGAGCCCCAGCAGCUCUCCGUCAUCCAGCAGCGCUCCAACGUGUACGCCCAGCCGCUCUACUACAACCAGUACUACGCCCCCUACGCCUACGGCCCCGACCAGGCCUACCACGCCCACCUGCUGGCCUCCAACCCCGCCUCCCGCCAGCAGCACGAGGAGCGCCACAAGAAGCCCGAGGGCAAGGGGCCCCCCGCCCUGUCCCGAGCCCCCAGCCUCACGGACCUCGGCGCCAAGGGGGGGCCCAACCCGGGCAAGCCCAAAGAGGCCCCCCCCCCGGCGGCGAAGCAGUCCAAGUCGGUCAUCAUGGCCAAGACGGAGGAGCAGAAGGCGCCGGCGGCGCAGUGCGAAGGCCUGAAGAUGAAGCUGAGCGAAGCGGGGCGUCAUGGGAAAGAGGAGGCCAAGCCGGCAGGGGUGGAGCCCGCCAUGUGGUACAGACAGGAGCCGGACUCGCGCUUGUGGCCGUACGUCUACCCCAACAAGUACUCCGAGGCCCCCAAACCUCAGGAGGAGGACCAGCGGUGGAAGGAGGAGCGGGAGAGGGAGCGCGACCGCAAGGGGAAGGAGGAGCGGCCGCGGGCCAAGGAGGGGGCGGAGGGCAGGACUCAGCUGCCUCCGGAGGAGCACCGGGGGGGAGGGAAGGAGGCGCGGCCCCCCCCGCACAUGCAGUUCUCCUCCCCGCUGGCCCAGCACCACCAGGGCUACAUGCCCUACAUGCACGGGCCGUACGCCUACAGCCAUGCCUAUGAGCCCAGCCACCCGGGCUACCGGGGAUUGCCCUCCGUCAUGAUGCAGAACUACCCUGCCUCCUACCUGCCGGCCGGUUACUCCUUCCCGUCCUACGGGGCCAACGAGGAGCUGGACAAGCCGUCCAGGUCCAGUCCCACGGUGAAGCCGCCCGGAGAGGCCAAAGCUCUGGAGCUGCUGCAGCAGCACGCCAGCCAGUACAAGACCAAGUCCCCGUCGGUCCAGGACAACAAGACCCCCCACGACUGGGACCAGGACCGGGACCGGGAGGGGGACCGGCCCCGGACCUCGCCCUCCCAAUGCAUGCUGCCUUCCCAUCACCACCUGGGCUACCAGCUGCUGUCGGGACAGUACGACCUGUCCUACGCCUCAGGCCUCUCCUCAGCCAUCGUUGCCAGUCAACAGGCGUCCGCCCCGUCCAUGUACCCCCCGGCACGGAGGUGAGACCGGCCCACGUGAUUGGCUGACCUCCAUCCUGCCCAGAGUCAUGUGACCGGAUCACAUGAGGAAGCGUUUCUGUUUCGACAUCAGUUCAAUGGUGUUGGUGUACGUUUGAUUUCUCUGCCUGGACGUCCAGCCGGCUGACACCCCCCACCCCUCUCUCUCUGCUGGGCUGCUGAGACCUCAGGGGUGACUUCUGCUGGUUCUGCUGGUUGCAGGCGGUUCCAUGGUGCUCGGUGGGCGGGCAGCGGAGGUCUCGAGGACCUGGUGGGUGGAGACGCGUUGAGGGGCUGCCGGUGGUUGAGAGGAGCGGCUGAGGCGGGUCGGACCAUUCAAUGGCGGCGAGAGGGGGGAGGGGCGGAGCUAUCCGUCGUCUCACGGUCACUUGUUUUCUCCUCACAUUUCUGCGCCCCCCUCCUCCCAGCCGUGACCUUUGACCUCUCUGGACUCCACCUGGAAGCGACUCAGCUUCACAGAAGAAUAAUUUUAAAAAAUACUGUGGAUGGAGGAGGACGGACCAAUCAGAGGGCAGCGUUGAGACUGACGCUGCAUCCUGUGACUCCUCCUCAGUGUGUAGCCGUACUGUACUUUGUGUGUGUGCGUGUCUGUGUGUGUGUAAAUACUGUACAGAGGAAUUAUUUUAAGAGCCUGUUGGAUGCUGUUUCCUACUCUUCUGUUCGUCUGUAGCCUCUGCCUCUGUUUUUCUACUGUUGAUCUGAUAUUAAACCUGUAGCUGGUGGAACGGC